GAAGCGUCGCAAAUCAGCUGUCACUGUCGCCCUCCUGGCGCAGAGCUAACACAAGCUAAACUGCGUAAUUUCAUGCGUGUUGUCGCUGAAACCGAAGAGGAUUAUCAGCACGGUGUCGGCAUAGGUUUUUUUUUUCUAGAAACAUCUUUUCAAAACUGCAGCGUGAUAAACAGUUUCUCGACUAUGCUGCAGUGGCCACUCUUCAAUAUGAACAACUGACUGUUAGCUACCAAGCUAAUGUGCUACACAACGUUUAGAUUCAUUUCUAGCUAGCUAAUCAACCUGUGGAUAAACUACACAGUACACUGACAGAUAACAUGGCAGAGUCACCGACCCUAUCAGGGGUUAAUGUUGUUUUGGUCAUGGCCUAUGGAAGUUUGGUGUUUGUGCUGCUGUUUAUCUUCGUCAAAAGGCAAAUCAUGCGUUUUGCAAUGAGAUCCCGCCGGGGACCCCAUGCACCCAUCGGCCACAAUGCACCCAAGGGUUUGAGGGAGGAGAUCGACUCCAGGCUGUCCAAAGUCCAGGAGAUCUGCUUCGAACCUCGUCUCCUCUCAGAGGAAGACGACAGGCUGAAGCAGGGAUUACAGAUAAGUUGCUACAACUACCUGUACAGAAUGAAAGCUCUGGAUGCCAUUCGUGACUCAGGAAUUCCUCUGCAGGAGAUAAGCCGCAGCCCCAGUGCGUUUACAGGACGCAACUUCAGGAACUGGCUUCUGGAGUUGCGCAACUCCCACUCUCUGAUAAAGAGCAGCCACAGCGUGCUCAUUGACCGCUUGCUCGAGGGCUAUGACAGUGCUCGCCAUGGGACUGGGGUGUUUGGGGAAGCAGAGUUCCUUGAAUACCAGCAGGCUCUCAACGAACUGGCUGAUGUGGUGAAGGCCUAUUCCAGCACCACCAGUCUGGACCAGCAUCACCAGUCCGCAGCCAAGGACCUGACAGGAUCUCCUGUCCGCAGCACCCCCUCCACCAUCCAGGUCACCUACCUUCCCUCUACUGGCCAGCGCAGCAAGAGGCCCAAACACUUUCUGGAGCUCAAAAGUUUCAAAGACAACUACAAUACACUGGAGAGCACGCUGUGAAACACUGCUGUUAUGGACUGAAUGUCAGAAACUGGUGUGUGUAUGUGUGUGUGUGUGUGUGUGUGUGUGUGUGUGAGAGAGAGAGAGAGCAUAUGUGCACGACGGUUACACAGCCUACUGGGAAACACAAAUUAGUUACAGACCAUAAUUUUGUUUUCAAAUUGAGCUGUGAAAUCAUGACUCACAAUCGAGGUCCUCUCCUUACAUUAUGUUCAGAUAGAGCAAUAGCUAAUGUGAGAGUUUAAAAAGAAUUAUGUAGAAAAAUACUUUAUAACCGCUGUUAAAAUCGUGGAGUCACAAGAUUUCUUCCUCUCAUCAUGAUGAAGCCCUGAUGUGCACGUGUUACACCAAAGCCUUUGAUUUUUGUUUGGACCUAAUGAGUGUGUUCAGAGGACAAAUAUGAUUGUAGCCAAGCUGGCAAGGUUUUCAUUGUCAUUUUUGUAAAACCAGCAACGUAAAAGAGAAAUCAUCUGGACUCUUUUUUUUUUCAACAGUACAAAUGUAAAUAUGAAUGAACAAUUUGAUUCAUCGUGUGUUUGUAGAGAUGUAGAAGAUAUUUAUAUGGACGACUAUAACUUAUUUCAUUGAUAUUGUGUGAUUUUUCUACCUGUGUGAGGUUGUAUACUUUUGUGGUUUGAGAUAAAAACCUUAGAAACA